AUUUAUAUUCUUUUUACCUGAAUAACAAAUUUACAGACAAGCAUACACUCAUUGAAUUUGAUUUUCUCCAAUUCGAAAAUCCGCAGCAUUUCACGUUUUUUCUCAUUGAAGAAUUGGGCGAUUAUACUCUGAUUUGAAUCCUCCAUUAAACCCGGGACCUCAUUUUCUCCAUCAGUUAAUCACUCACACCAACUCGCUGACGAAGCAAUAAAUGCUCUGCUGCUCAUUCCAUCCAAAAAAGAUCACUUCUUUUUCACAAUUUUGAACACAAGCAAUGGGAAGUUGACAUUUCACAAACUGCUUGCUCGAUUUCAUGGGGUGUGUUCUUGGAAAAAGAGCCACUCGCCGGAAUCGGGAAAAGUAUCAACGGCGGAAUGUGCCGGAAUUCAGGCUGAGAAUGGGCGCCGGAGCGGAAGCGUGGCCGCCGUGGCUCGUCGCCGUCGCCGGCGACGAGAUCAAGGGGUGGGAGCCGCGGCGGGCUAACUCCUUCGAAAAACUUGCAAAGAUUGGGCAAGGGACGUAUAGCAAUGUGUAUAAGGCUAGGGAUUUGAUGACGGGGAAGGUGGUGGCGUUGAAGAAGGUGAGGUUCGAUAACUUUGAGCCGGAAGCUGUGAGGUUCAUGGCAAGAGAGAUACUUGUGUUGAGGCGACUAAAUCAUCCGAAUGUGAUCAAGCUCGAAGGCCUUGUUAUUUCGCGGAUGUCAAGCAGCCUCUACCUCGUGUUUGAGUACAUGGAGCAUGAUCUUUCUGGCCUUGCUGCGCUUCAAUCUUCCAACUUCACCGAGGCACAGGUCAAAUGCUAUAUGAAGCAAUUGAUGUCCGGUUUGGAGCACUGCCACAGCAAUGGUGUCUUGCAUCGUGAUAUCAAGUGCUCCAAUCUGCUGAUUGACAACGAAGGGAUACUAAAAAUAGCUGAUUUUGGUCUUGCUUCUUUUUUCAAUCCCGAAAGCAAGAAACCAAUGACGAGCCGUGUGGUCACCCUCUGGUAUCGCCCUCCUGAACUGUUGCUAGGGGCCACUUCCUAUGGUGUCGGUGUCGAUUUGUGGAGCGCUGGCUGUAUUCUGGCAGAACUUCUCUCUGGAAAGCCAAUACUGCGCGGACGAACAGAGGUCGAGCAGCUACACAAGAUAUUCAAGUUAUGUGGUUCUCCUCCCGAAGAAUUCUGGAAGAAAUCAAAGUUGCCCAAUGCGACUCUCUACAAACCCCAGCAGCCGUAUAAAUGUUGUAUAAAGGAGACGUUUAAGGAUUUUCCAUCGUCGUCUCUUGCUCUAAUAGGAACUCUUCUUUCAAUCGACCCUCAUGCACGAGGCACUGCUACUGCAGCAUUGAAUAGUAAGUUCUUUACAACUGAACCAUAUGCCUGUGAACCAUCAAGUUUACCAAAAUUUCCUCCCACCAAAGAAAUGGAUUUGAAAUUGAGAGAUGAAGCAGCCAAAAGGCAACGUGGUUUAGGUAGAAAGUCACAAAUGAACGAUGGCCAUAGACGAACUCGAGUGCACAACAAGGCCAUCCGUGCAAUUCCAGCUCCAGAAGCCAACGCGGAACUCCAAACAAAUUUAAAUAGGCUGAGAGUGAUGUCGGACAGGAAAGGGAAGAGCAAGAGCGAGAAGUUCCCACCUCCACAUCAAGAUGGCGCAGUCGGCCACCCUAUGUCAUUCGCAGAUGAUGUUUCGGUCAAUUCCUCGACUUUUGAUACCAAGUCAUUAACGAAGAGUGCAUCUUCAAGGAGGAAGAGCGGUGAAGUAGAGCCUCACGGUGCUCCUUCUCGUCGCUUCAUGAACGCAUUCUAUCCGUCCUCCGUUGCUCGUUCCAUGGAGUUCAGGUUCGGCCGCAGAUGAACAGCUUCGACACAGCUGUGAUCAUGUUUUCAAGAAUCAACUCUGCUUAUCAACUGUAUUUAUUGAGAUUGUGGUGUAUAAAACAAAUCAUAGAGAGAUUGGGGUAUGGUUAUAAAGGACAUAUUUUUGUGUACAGUUUUAGGGAUGGAAGUUGAUAGAGAAGGAUGAUGAGAGGUGGGGAUAAAUGCAGCUCAAGUUUUAUUAAGAAAAAUAAGCAAAUUUAGACAA